GUUCCGCGGACACCCGCAGACCCCCACGCGCGCCCUCCGCGCCGGCUUCGCCGCGUGCGAACGGGGGUGGGGGGCGCGAAGGGGCCCAGCCGCCUCAUGACCAGCAAAGGGAUUUCACCUCGUCCUUGAGAGCUACCCGGGGAGCGCGAGCGAGCGAGCGAGCGAGCGAGCGACGGGGGGAGAGGGACGCGCGCGCGCGCGCGCACACACACACAGACACACACAGAUACACACACACCACAGAGCCAGAGACACACACACACACACACAGAGUGAAAAAGGCGAGCCACCAAACCCAUCUCCAGUCUCCUCCCGGGGGCCCCCAGCCCGCCGCUGUGCCACUUUGCAUCCCACGCCCGAGAGGACGUUGAGGAGAGCCGGUAAGGAUGCUCAUACCAGGAGGACAACUCAGGAGGCUGCACUGAUUGGAGGAGCGCCAGACCCACGUCUUCUGCCUCCACAGCUUGGAGCACAUGCCCUCUGGGUGGCCAGCGGGCAGGAGAGGAGUGUGAAACAGCCAAUCUCUGUGAUGUGAAAGGCAAAGCAUUUUCUUAUGCCAUGAGGGAAGACAGUGCAAGGAAGGGAGACCAAGAUCCAUCACUUGCAUACUUAUAGAGCUUUUUAAUCAGUUCACGGUGUAAAGACAGACUUCAAGAGGAUCCCCAGAAGUCUUGGACAAGCUUCCCCGCAGGUGGCAGUUCUCCUUCUGUGACUGGCAAAUCAGGUGCUGUGCUGGCCAUCGGUGACCCAAAGAUGAUGGUAAAGAUGUCCCUGUCCACAAGGAGCUAGCGGUCCACCGGGAUUCCUCUUGCUGAUGACACGAGUCCUGUUUGAAUCUACUUACAAGAUUCUGAAGCCUGAACAGAGAAUUUUGGCACUGCAUUGGCAUUGCAAGGAAUAGAUAAUAUCAAGGACAUCAGGAGUGGGAGAGAUUGGAGACUCAGCAGGAUGUCUUCCAAGCGACCAGCCUCUCCGUAUGGGGAAGCAGAUGGAGAGGUAGCCAUGGUGACAAGCAGACAGAAAGUGGAAGAAGAGGAGAGUGACGGGCUCCCAGCCUUUCACCUUCCCUUGCAUGAAGUUGAUGGCAAUAAAGUUAUGUCUUCAUUUGCCCCACACAACUCAUCUACCUCACCUCAGAAGGCAGAAGAAGGUGGGCGGCAGAGUGGCGAGUCCUUGUCUAGUACAGCCCUGGGAACUCCUGAGCGGCGCAAAGGCAGCUUAGCUGAUGUUGUUGACACCUUGAAGCAGAGGAAAAUGGAAGAGCUCAUCAAAAAUGAGCCAGAAGAAACCCCCAGUAUUGAAAAGCUACUCUCAAAGGACUGGAAAGACAAGCUUCUCGCAAUGGGAUCAGGGAACUUUGGUGAAAUAAAAGGGACUCCCGAAAGCCUUGCUGAGAAAGAGAGGCAGCUCAUGGGUAUGAUCAAUCAGCUCACCAGCCUGCGAGAGCAGCUGCUGGCUGCACACGAUGAGCAGAAGAAACUGGCUGCGUCUCAGAUUGAGAAGCAGCGCCAGCAAAUGGAGCUGGCCAAGCAGCAGCAAGAACAGAUUGCAAGACAACAGCAGCAGCUUCUGCAGCAGCAACACAAAAUCAACUUGCUUCAGCAACAGAUCCAGCAGGUUCAAGGUCAACUGCCGCCAUUAAUGAUUCCCGUAUUCCCUCCUGAUCAGCGGACACUGGCUGCAGCUGCCCAGCAAGGAUUCCUCCUUCCUCCAGGCUUCAGCUAUAAGGCUGGAUGUAGUGACCCUUACCCUGUUCAGCUGAUCCCAACUACCAUGGCAGCUGCUGCCGCAGCAACACCAGGCUUAGGCCCACUCCAACUGCAGCAGUUAUAUGCUGCCCAGCUAGCUGCAAUGCAGGUAUCUCCAGGAGGAAAGCUCCCAGGCAUACCCCAAGGCAACCUUGGUGCUGCUGUAUCUCCUACCAGCAUUCACACAGACAAGAGCACAAACAGUCCACCGCCCAAAAGCAAGGAUGAAGUGGCACAGCCACUGAACCUAUCAGCUAAACCCAAGACCUCUGAUGGCAAAUCACCCACAUCACCCACCUCUCCCCAUAUGCCAGCUCUGAGAAUAAACAGUGGGGCGGGCCCCCUCAAAGCCUCUGUCCCAGCAUCAUUAGCUAGUCCUUCAGCCAGAGUUAGCACAAUAGGUUAUUUAAAUGACCAUGAUGCUGUCACCAAGGCAAUCCAGGAAGCUCGGCAGAUGAAGGAGCAGCUUCGGCGGGAACAGCAGGUGCUUGAUGGGAAGGUGGCUGUUGUGAAUAGUCUAGGUCUCAAUAACUGCCGGACAGAAAAGGAAAAAACAACACUGGAGAGUCUGACUCAGCAACUGGCAGUUAAACAGAAUGAAGAAGGAAAAUUUAGCCAUGCCAUGAUGGAUUUCAAUAUGAGCGGAGAUUCCGACGGAAGUGCUGGAGUCUCAGAAUCAAGAAUUUAUAGAGAAUCCAGGGGGCGUGGUAGCAAUGAACCCCACAUAAAACGUCCAAUGAAUGCCUUCAUGGUGUGGGCUAAGGAUGAACGAAGGAAAAUCCUUCAAGCCUUUCCUGACAUGCACAACUCCAACAUCAGCAAGAUACUGGGGUCUCGCUGGAAAGCUAUGACAAACCUAGAGAAACAGCCAUAUUACGAGGAGCAAGCCCGUCUCAGCAAGCAGCACCUGGAGAAGUACCCUGACUACAAGUACAAGCCCAGGCCAAAGCGCACCUGCCUGGUGGAUGGCAAGAAGCUGCGCAUCGGGGAGUACAAGGCAAUCAUGAGGAACAGGCGGCAGGAAAUGCGGCAGUACUUCAAUGUUGGGCAACAAGCACAGAUCCCCAUCGCCACUGCUGGUGUCGUGUACCCUGGAGCCAUCGCCAUGGCCGGAAUGCCCUCCCCUCACCUGCCCUCGGAGCACUCGAGCGUGUCCAGCAGCCCGGAGCCCGGGAUGCCUGUUAUCCAGAGCACUUAUGGUGUGAAAGGAGAGGAGCCACAUAUCAAAGAAGAGAUCCAGGCUGAGGACAUCAACGGAGAAAUUUAUGAUGAGUACGACGAGGAAGAGGAUGACCCAGAUGUAGAUUAUGGGAGUGACAGUGAAAACCACAUUGCAGGACAAGCCAACUGAUAAGGGUCAAAAAAUUGUUGUGACCUUAGGACUUAAAGAAGCCCUAGCUGGUUCAUCCUUACCAGUGGCCAAGCACAUUAACUUUCUCAUACACUGACUGUUACUUUAACUGUUAGUCUUAAAUAGUUGGGACAUCAGCUGACUAAUAGACCUCAGCCUCAAAAGGCUUGGAAAGGAAAUAAAAAUACAACAAGCAAACAACAAUAUCAACAACAAGAGAUUGAAAUAAGCUAUGGGUAAAAUAAUGCCAGUAAUUCAGCUGCUACAUCCAAGCACUGAAGUCUUACCCGUCAACUUUUUUUUUAAAUAAACUUUAUGGCUGUUUGUUCUACAAUGUUCUAGAAAUUCUCACUCAGGUACACAGUGCCAACAAGUGGCUUGUGAAUGUGUUUUGUUGUUUUGUGCUACAAUUUUUAAAAAGAAAUAAGUUUUGUUUUGUUUUUUUGGGGUUUCUGGGUUUUUUCCUUUUCCUUUCCUUUCCUUUCCUUUUUUAUUUUUAUUUUUAUUUUUUUAUUUUUGGUAAUGCACCUGAC